AUGCAUCAAACUACACACAUUGAAACAAUUGUGCUCAAGCAAACAAGCCAAGCUCGCACGGCUUAUCGCACUUGCUUGAAUGCAUCACUUAAGUGCACUAGGUAUUUGUUGCGGCAAGGGCUUUCUUUUCGUGGUCAUGAUGAAAGUGCACAAUCAAGUAAUAAAGGGAAUUAUUUAGAGCUCUUGCAAUUUCUUGCGGAUCAUGAUGAAAAAGUUAAGGCCGUUGUAUUGGAAAAUGCUCCGGGAAAUUUAAAGUUAAUAGCUCCUUCAAUUCAAAAAGAUCUUGUCAAUUCUUGUGCCAAAGAAACCAUUGAUCUUAUCUUGAGUGAUGUAAAAGAUAGAUAUUUUUCAAUAAUGGUGGAUGAAGCACGUGAUGUUUCAAUAAAGGAGCAAAUGGCAAUGGUGUUGCGUUAUGUGAAUGACAAAGGACAAAUAAUUGAAAGGUUUGUGGGGGUUCAACAUGUAACCGACACUACUUCAAGUGCACUAAAGGAAACAAUUGAUGAAUUCUUUUCUUCCGCGAAUUUGAGCUUUUCCAAGCUACGAGGACAAGGUUAUGAUGGAGCUAGCAAUAUGAGAGGUGAGUUCAAUGGCCUUAAGAGAAAGAUUUUGAGAGAACAACCUUGUGCAUUUUAUGUUCAUUGCUUUGCUCAUCAACUUCAACUAGCUCUUGUUGCGGUAGCAAAGAAAAACAUUGAUGUCAACUCUUUUUUCACAACGGCUAAUAGUUUGGUUAAUGUGGUUGGAGCAUCUUGUAAGCGUCGCGAUGCACUUAGAGCACAAUACCAAGAAGAGCUUGUGAGAGCUUUUGAAGAUGAUUGUCUUAUAACGGGGCGGGGCUUAAAUCAAGAAAGGACUCUCAAACGUGCCGGCAAUACACGAUGGAACUCACAUUAUGGUACGUUGAUUAGUAUCAUUUCUAUGUUCCCAUCUGUGGUGAAUGUGCUUCAAAUGAUUGUUGAUGAUAAUCUUAAUGAUAGUUCGGGUGAAGCCUAUAAGUUAAGGAGAGAAAUACAAUCUUUUGAGUUUGUGUUUCACUUAUUUGUAAUGAAAGCUAUAUUGGGAAUAACAAACACUUUGUCUCUAGCAUUGCAAAAGAAAGAUCAAGACAUUGUGAGUACAAUGAAUUUAGUGAAAACAUGCAAGGAAAACCUGCAGUUGAUGAGGGAUAAUGAGUUUGAAGAAUUGGUUGGGCAAGCAUCCUCGUUUUGUUACAAAUAUGAUAUUAUAGUUCCUACCAUGGAUGAGGAAUAUGUAAUUCCAGGGAGAUCAUGGCGUAAUGCUCCAAUGAAGACAAAUUAUCAUCGUUAUCGUGUGGAGAUCUUUAUUCAUGUAAUUGAUGGGCAACUUGCGGAAUUAAAUGAUCGCUUCAACGAGGUAAGUACUGAGUUACUUACUUGUUUGGCAUGCUUGAGUCCAAAAAAUAACUUUGUGACUUUUGACAAACGAAAGCUAGUUCGUCUUGCUCAAUUUUAUCCUUAUGAUUUUUCGGAUAGAGACUUAUUGAUGCUUGAAGAUCAACUUGGUGUUUAUGUUCAUCAUAUGCGUUCGAGUAGUGAUUUUUCUCAAUUGGAAGGGAUUAGUAGUCUUGCGGAAAAAAUGGUGGAGAAAGGAAUGCAUGAAAUAUUUCCUUUUGUAUUUGCUUCUUACAUUGGCUUUGGUUUUACCGGUUGCAACUGCAUCAGUGGAGAGGGCAUUUUCCGCUAUGAAUAUUAUUAA